AUGCCUACCGAAUCUCUCAGCCCACGGGGUCACGCCUCGUUCGAUCUCUACGCCUACAAUCCCUCCGCCUCCGCGGGCUAUGCCUUUGUGGUGAUCUUCGCUCUUGGCGCCGCCGUACACCUCUUCCUCCUCUUCCGGCUGCGGGCCUGGUUCUUCAUCCCGUUCUUCCUGGGCUGUAUCGGCGAAGCAUGCGGCUACUACGGCCGCGCAUGGUCUCACGACAACAUCCGCGACGGCAGCCCCUACCUCCUGCAACUGAUGCUCAUCCUCGGCUCCGCGCCCCUCCUCUCCGCCAGCGUCUACAUGAGCCUCGGCCGGAUCGUGCGGGCCCUCCACGCCGAGUCCGCCACCAUCAUGCGCUCGACCUGGAUGACCAAGAUCUACGUGCUAAUUGACAUCGGCAGCUUCGUCUGCCAGAUGCUGGGGUCCGCGAUGCAGGCCAGCGGGGACGCGGCGGGGGUGCGCACGGGGCAGCCGGUGGUCAUCGCCGGGCUGGCGGUGCAGCUGGCCGCGCUGGGCUGGUUUCUGCUCGAGGCGGGCGCGGUGCAUCGCCGGCUCAGCACGCGACCCCCUUCGGCUGCGGCGCGCGAGCCCACCCUUCCCUGGCGAAGGACGAUGUGGACGCUCCAUGCGGGGACGGGGUUGAUUCUCGUGCGGAGUGUGUACCGGCUGGUGGAGUUUUUGGCGGGGACGGGCAGCGUGCUGGCUCAGAAGAGGCGUUUUUACAGGUCCAGACAGGUCCUUCUGGGAGACCCGGACAAGAUCACCUUCAACGCACGUGGCACUAACUUCGCGCGCAUGCUUCCCCGGAGUGGCAAAUGUGGCAAAUGGCCUGUCUUCCAGCACGCUGUCAGAGCGCCGUGGACGCGGCCGGACCGCGCGACAAGGUGGAUUCGGGCCUGA